ACCACUGUCAACUGACAACAAAAAAUUUAACCUUAGAAAUUGUGUGUUCAAUCUCUUUGGGAACCAAUUUACAUUUAACAACCCAUUCGCAACACCAAAUUCCUAAAAGUUAACAUUAAUCUGACAAAAUGGCAUUGCGUCUAGCCAAAUUCACCAAAGACAUCGUUCGUCCAACGUUCAUUCGGUCGUUUGCCAGCAAAGACGAAGCAUUGUAUGACAUUCAGCACAAGCAACCGCUUCAGCGAAGGCUGACUGCCAUACCGAAUGCUCAGUACGGUGGCCGACAUGCAUGCACUAUGCUGCCAGGUGGCGGAAUCGGACCGGAACUGAUGAGUUAUGUGCGGGAGAUUUUCCGCUACUGUGGCGUGCCCGUUGAUUUUGAAAUCAUUGAAAUUGAUCCGAACAGUGAGGGAAAUGAUGAUUUGGAGUACGCAAUCACUUCGAUUAAACGGAACGGAGUGGCUAUCAAAGGUAACAUUGAGACGAAAAGUGAAGAAACUGACACCAUCUCCCGGAAUGUGGCGCUACGAAAUGAACUCGAUCUGUUCGUAAACGUGUUGGAAUGUAAAUCAUACCCGGGCAUCAUAGCACGCCAUCAAAAUAUCGACAUUGUGAUUGUACGACAGAAUACCGAAGGUGAAUACGCUAUGUUGGAGCACGAGAGCGUUCCCGGUGUUGUCGAGAGCAUGAAAGUCGUAACGGACGAGAACAGUGAACGUGUGGCUCGGUACGCAUUCGAGUAUGCCAAGAAUACCGGCCGAACACGCGUAACCACCGUCCACAAAGCCAAUAUCAUGAAAUUGUCCGAUGGUCUGUUCCUGGAGACAUCGCGUCGCGUCGCCAAAGAGUAUCCAAACAUCAAGCACAACGACAUGAUCAUCGACAACUGUUGCAUGCAAUUGGUGUCGAAUCCCCAUCAGUUCGAAGUGAUGAACAUGACCAAUUUGUACGGUACAAUCGUGUCGAAUGUCAUCUGCGGUAUCGCCGGCGGUGCUGGUUUGUUGGCGGGCAAAAAUUACGGCGACCAUUAUGCCAUAUUUGAGCCAGGCACGAGAAAUACGGGAACGGCCAUUGCCGGUAAGAAUAUUGCGAAUCCAGUGGCUAUGUUGAAUGCAUCGGUUGAUUUGCUGUAUCACUUGGGACAUAAGCAUCAUGCUGACGCUAUUUCGGACGCUGUGUACAAAACUGUUUGCGAGGAUAAAAUUCAUACACCAGAUUUGGGCGGCACACACACCAGUUUAGAUGUCAUACAGAACAUCGUACGACGACUAUCCGAAAAGACAAUUCACUGGCAAAGUGAAAUCGUCCAUUCACAUCAUUUCUAAAUUCAAAAUUUCAAAAUUUAAAUCAAAAACAAAAUUUGAAAUCUCAAGAGGUACGUUCGAUUUUGGUUAUUUUAAUUAUUUUUAUUAAGACACAAUUUGUUUCUGUUUGAUGGCUAUGAUGAAUUUAGUGGAUUUGUUAAUUUAAAAAAAAAUGAAAUUGUAGCCAACCACCUAAGCAGCAGGUGAUUCCGUUUAUAGAGGAAUCGUCUGCUGACUUUUUUUGUAUUUAGUGUUCCAUGUAUUUAACAUCCGUCGUACUUAAUAUUUAUUUUCGAAUUCUUUCUACCACUUUUUUUUGCAAUAAACGAGAAGAUUUAUUUAUUUUAA